AUGCCUCUCAACGACCUCGUCCACCGGGACGCCGACUGUCCCACGGGCAAGAGCUUCUGGGUGUGUGGUUCUUCCAGCUUCAGAGGUUGCUGCUCGGUCGACGCAUGUGUGAAAGGGGGAUGUCCAGACACACCAGCUUCCAAUUCGAUUACUACUAUCAUCACCUUGACUCCUCAGCCGGUGACACCGCUGCCAUCCGGAUCAUCCAGUAUAUCCAGCUCAUCUUCCAGCUCUUUGACUAGCUCAUCAACGACUACGGCUUCAUCUACUGCUGCUACUACCACUACCGACACUAAACCCCCAGCUCUCCUGGCUACAGCUUCCUCGACGAUACUACCAGUAAAUCCUUCAACGAACCCGCCAAACAGCAGGGAGAAAACAUCCAAUGUACCUCUCAUCGCAGGAGUCACCUGUGCAAUAGUGGCUGCCUCGAUCCUCUCGGUCGUUGUAUGGUUCUGCUGGCGGAGGAGACAACAAAAGCGAUCAAGGUUUACUAUAUCAACCUAUGGCUCAAAAGAAGGCAAAGAAAGACACGACUCCUACUAUGAGGGGCAACAUCUUAAUUCAGAUUCGUAUGGAGGCUACCGAACCAACGACUCUCCAGAACCCCAAAGGGACAACAAUUAUCUAUCCAGGGCUCUGCUAUCUCCCUCUGCUGAGAAGGUCCAUGUCCCAAACGACGACCAAGAGAAGAUCACAGUUGAAGCACCACUCACCCGUCGACAGCCUGACUAUGAAUCUCUUCCUAGUCAACUAUCCCCUGAAGAAUCUAUCUUCCCCUUACCAACACCUAUCGUCCCACGCACUCCUGGAACUCCACCCACCCCAAUCCACUCCCCACAACAAAAGCAACAUCCCGCCUACCACCUCCAUCAACUCUCGCGUCAUCCAGCUUUCCGGCCUGGAGCGUCCCCCCCACGGAACCAACCCCCUCUGUGGCGCCAUCCGGCUUUCCGGCCAGAGGGCGAAGCACAGCAACUAGAUAGUAUUCCAAUCAUCCCACGCAACGAAUUGGACGGCGGUCCGCUAAGCCCACGCCGCUCAGCAGGCCGCAGUGAGCUGCCUGGCGAACAUACUCAUGCUAUUCGCUCCCAAUCCCACAGCGAACCAGAUAUGCUUUCUCGUUUCAGCGCCAAACCAAGUCAAAAGUCGUCUAAAUCCCGUGAAUCCAUUUCUCGUGGCGGCAGUGGCAAGACAGGAGUGAGCACUUACAGUAUCCCCAUCGGACUAGGACUCGAAGGAUCUAAAGCCCCCUUUGACCUGCCUCUGCAACGCCAUUCCUCUCCACCUCCAACAUCACCCAAGGCUCCCAUGAGGUCUAACAUGAAUGAGCGCGAUGACCAUGUUAUGUCAUGGGCCGCGUAUGGAGCCGGAAAUCUCAGCGGCAUUGGACCUAGCAACAGCACGGGAAGCGAGCGGUCUCGAAGACAGAGGGAAAUUGAACAGGGAAGCCUUGGAAUUCGAGAACCCUCAUCAGAGGGCAACAUGCAUAAGGAAAACGGGGGUUCCACAUGGAGGGAUUGGAUGGGUCCUCCUCCCAGAAGAGUGCACUCGGCUUGGUCAGAAUUGCCAGAGACACCGCUGAGCGCAGUGUACCGCGAGAGUUGGACCGAGAGGGAGAGUUGGGCUAGAAGAUAG